CUCCUCAUAGCGGCGCCCUGGAUUCCGCCAUCUUGGUUUCCCGGGUGACUGGACCGGCUGGCUGGCAGUAGCCGGCCCAGGUGGGGACGCGGAGAUGCUGGCCUGCCUCAUGAGCAGGCCUCUGCCGCCGGGCCUCACGCGCCUGCUCGGGGCCAGGACGAGGCGCCCACUGGCGAUACGCGGAGCCUCGGCGCGGGAGCUGGGCCGGAGAGAAGCCGCGGCCUCGUUGGCCGGCCGUGAAGACCUGCACUACCCAGAAGAGGCCGCUAGGGGUCGCCGGGAGCCAGGCCCGCCAUUCCAGGCCGUGGAGGAGCCGGAGGAGCAGGAGAGGAGGCUGGUCAAGCUGCCACGCCGGCACGUCGCCUCCAGCGGGCGCUGCGAGGAUGAGAUAUGGUCGCAGUGCAAGGCCAUGGCCGGCAGGGGGCGCCGCGAGGAUGAGAUGUGGCCGCUGGGCAAGGCCGUGGCCAGCAGGGGCCUGGACUUGCAGGAGCUGGGCUUGGCCAGCAGGGGGAGCAAGCCUUCCGGCGAGGCUGGCAUUGCCAUGGGGGGCAAGAGGGUGCUGACCCUGGCCAGCACGGGCCCGGAAGGCGGCUGGCUGCCCAAGCUGCCCUGCUCAGAAGAGGAGCCACCCACAGAGGCCAAGGCCCGCACUCUCCCCAAAGAGACCAGCAGGCUGCGCCUUUGGCCCAACCCAGAGCAUGCCGGCCGUCGCCACAGCCGGGAGAACCGCAGCCGACGGGUCAGGAUCCCUUCCUUUGCUGCCACCGCCGUUGCGGCAGCUGGGCUGGCGUUUUGCUACAGCAAAGGCAAUGUCUCUAAAGAAGACUCUCUGCUGGAAGCUGCGCGGAUCAACAAUGCUUCCGAAGUGAACAGGUUGUUGCAGGAAGGAGCUAGUAUAAACGCCCGACACAAACUUGGCUGGACAGCUCUGAUGGUAGCAGCUAUCAACCGAAAUUCAAGUGUGGUAAAGCUCCUGCUGACAGCUGGAGCCGACCCAAACCUCGGAGAUGAGUUCAGCAGUGUCUAUGAGACCGCCAAGGAGAAGGGGCUCCACUCCCUGGAAGUUCUGGUCACCCGGGAAGACGACUUCAACAACCGCCUGAACAACCGGGCCAGUUUUAAGGGCUGCACAGCUUUGCAUUAUGCAGUGCUAGCGGACGAUUACUCCACUGUCAAGUUGCUGCUGGAGAGAGGUGCCAACCCCCUGCAGAGGAAUGAAAUGGGGCACACAGCCAUGGACUAUGCCCGGGAGGGGGAAGUCAUGAAGCUCCUGAAAGCUUCUGCGACAAAGUUUCAGGAAGAGCAGCACAAGAGGGAAAUAGAGGAACGUCGACGGUUUCCACUGGAGCAGAGACUCCGAGAACAUAUCAUUGGUCAGGAGAGUGCCAUAGCAACUGUGGGAGCUGCCAUCCGGAGGAAGGAAAAUGGCUGGUAUGACGAGGAGCAUCCCUUGGUUUUUCUCUUCUUGGGAUCAUCAGGAAUAGGUAAAACAGAACUGGCCAAGCAGACAGCCAAGUACCUGCACAAAGACGUCAAGAAGGGUUUCAUCAGGCUGGACAUGUCAGAAUUUCAGGAAAGACACGAGGUUGCCAAGUUUAUUGGCUCCCCUCCAGGCUAUGUUGGCCAUGAAGAGGGCGGGCAGCUCACCAAGAAGCUGAAGCAGUGCCCAAACGCGGUGGUGCUCUUUGACGAGGUGGACAAGGCCCACCCCGACGUCCUCACCAUCAUGCUGCAGCUGUUUGACGAAGGCAGGCUGACAGACGGGAAAGGAAAAACAAUUGACUGUAAGGAUGCCAUCUUCAUCAUGACCUCCAAUGUGGCCAGUGAUGAGAUCGCCCAGUGCGCCUUGCAGCUGAGGGAGGAGACCCUGGAAUUCAGCCGGAAGAGGAUUGCCGAAAACCUGGAUGAUGUCCAGAUGACAGACAAGAUCACCAUCUCCAAGCAGUUCAAGGAGAAUGUUAUUCGCCCGAUCUUGAAGGCUCACUUUCGGAGAGACGAGUUCCUGGGAAGGAUCAAUGAAAUAGUCUAUUUCCUCCCCUUUUGCCACUCGGAGCUCAUUCAGCUGGUCAACAAGGAGCUGAGUUUCUGGGCUAAGAGGGCCAAGGUGAGGCACAACAUCACUUUAGUGUGGGACAGGGAGGUCAUGGAUGUGCUGGCAGAUGGUUACAACCUGCACUAUGGCGCCCGCUCCAUUAAGCACGAGGUUGAGCGCCGGGUCGUGAACCAGCUGGCUGCUGCCUACGAGCAGGACCUUCUACCACAUGGAUGUACCUUACGGAUCACGGUGGAUGACUCGGACAAGCAGCUCCUGAAAGCAAAGGACAGCUCCUCACCCAAGGGAGGCCAGAGGAAGGCACCAACACUCCGGCUGGAGAUAGUCGAGAAGGACAGCAAAAGCCGGAAGCUGGACAUCCAAGUCCCCCUGGCUCCUGACGAGAUGUCCUACUCCUUGUAGGCAUAACUGGUGCCGUGGGCUGCCCACCAGCCAUCAGUGCCCACUGCGGAGUUUCAGAUUGUGUGGUCAGUAAUAAAACAAUCAUGAGAUGUAGAUGAACUGAGUUCAAGAAAGUGGUUUGGGAAACCUGGAUUUCCCAGAGGUUUCUCUAGAGGUUAGCGCUUAGCAGGGAGCGAGAGGUCCUUAUAGCUCACAUUGCUGAUAUAGCAGCGUUGAGCCAAGUUGGCCGUGUGGAAAACAGAUGGGAGGGGUCAACCUGCUCCCGCAUGGAGGAUGAGAAGUUUGGGUUUGGGUUUUUUUUCCUCAGGGGGAAUAAACACAAACUUGCUUGUUUCAAUCAAGCAGCUCUGCCCGCCUGCCCCCCUCCACCCCUGAAAGUGACACUGCAGAGUGUGUCAGGCAUCAAUUCGCUGCUCGAGAAGGAACUUUCUCAGAUGCUUACCAAGGCUAUGAAUUGAUCUAUAAAGGUGUAGGAUGGUCUUUCCAGUCACAUGGACGCCAUCCGGAUCUUUAAUUUAUUGCAAUAAAUGUAAAGUGUACAUUA